CUUUUCACCUCACUCAGCUUUCUCAUUCGCCUUUUCGAUUUCCGUCAUUAUGGCUACAGAGUACGAUAACGAGAACGGUCGCUACGACGGUAUGUCAACCGGUCAUCUUGCCUCGCCAGCUCAGCUGAUCUCCCCGGUAACAUCAUCACAACAAUGCUGACUUGCUGUUGCUCAGACGAGCCCCGUUUCGCUCGCGACCGCAGCGCAUCUCCUCGCGAUGAGCCUCGUGCUGAUCGCACUCGCAGCCGUUCUCCCAACGGUCGCGUCGAUGAUCGCGCCCCCAUUGAUCCCCGCAAGAACCUCGAUGACGAGGAGGGUGCUAUCAACACUGGAUCCAACCUGUUCGUCACUGGUAUCCACCCCCGUCUGACCGAGUCGGAUAUUUCGCGUCUGUUCGAGAAGUACGGUGAUGUCGAGAACUGCUCGAUCAUGGUCGACCCCCACACCAAGGAGUCUCGUGGAUUUGGUUUCGUCAAGAUGGUUACUGCCGAGCAGGCCGAUGCCGCUAAGGAGGGUCUCCAGGGCGAGGUCAUCGAAGGCCGCACCCUGAGCAUCGAGAAGGCUCGCCGUAGCCGUCCCAGAACCCCGACUCCCGGAAAGUACUUUGGUCCUCCCAAGCGUGGUAAGUUAUUGUCCAGACUCCCUCUGUAUGUCGAUAUAUGGCUUAUGCGUGUUCAAUCUUGUUAGAUUUCCGUGGAGGUCACCG